GGAAGCGUCGCUGCUGUUGCAGCUCGAGGAAGCUGAGAAACCGAAAGUGUUUCGAACGAGCCAAUCACGGCUUCGGGACCGGCCACAGCAUCGUUAAAUGCGGUCGUUACACACAGAUGUUACGGUGAUGUUUAACGUGCGCUUGACAUCUGCAGCCAUGGAGCUUCUUCCACUCGCGUGUCUCUGUCUCCUGUCUUGGUCUGGACCGACGUCUGCGGAUGAAGGCGGGCCAAGCCUCACCACUGUGGCCGUGGCAGAAGGGAGUGACGCCAUUUUACCCUGUUCCUUCCGCACCAAGGAGAACAUCGAGCAAAUGGUCUUUGACUGGAAGAAAGAUGGUCAGGAGGUGUUCCUGUACGACGCGGGCAAACAUUACAAUCAGGGCCGAACAGGUCAAGACGAACAGUUCAAAGGACGGGUUUUUCAUUUUGAAGAGGAACUGAAGCACGGCAACGCGUCCAUAAAAGUCCACAAGACAAAGAUGGCUGACAAUGGAAGUUACACCUGUAAUUUCCCAAAAACAAACCCUAAAUUUGAAUACCACAUUACGCUGGUUGUAGGUGCAGCUCCAGAGCCAUCUGUCACAACACUUGAUCAAACAAAGGACUGGGCUCUUCUGCGGUGUGUUGUUCGAGGUGCUUUCCCAAAACCUAAAGUAGAGUGGCAGGACAGAGCUGGAAACAUCCUUCCUGCUAAAGAACCAGAGGUCACUGAAAGAGGAGGCAGCUACGACAUCAUCCUCCAAACUACUGUGACCAAGACCAACCACUAUCGCUGCGUAUCCACACAGGAGGAAAUCAGCCACCAGAUUUAUUCUGAGACCUAUGUGCAUAUCAGUGGGUCUUCUGCUGGAGAGGUUGUUACUGCUGGUGUGGGGUCGUUGGUGCUGUCAGUGUUGCUGUCGUUGUUGCUGUUGUUCUAGUGCUCAUAAAGAAGCGUCGCAUCAAACCAGAUUCUGGAGGUCGACCAUCAGACACACGUGCCCCCCUUAAAGACUCCGGUCGUUGAGGGUAGCAACCUGAUCAGGACCCUUCAUUACCUUUCCAUGUGCUGUGAAGCCGGCUGCUGAAGAGUGUGUGUUGUUGUACGUCUGUUGUGUGAGAACCCGUUUGAGUUUUGGACCAGGACAGUGAGACACUUUGGCUGGUCCCCACUUAUUUCCGGCAGUUUGAGAGUCGAGACCUGGUUGUAAAGUUAAAGUUAGAACUAGUUUUAGGUUCAGGUUCGGAUGAGGGUUGUGGUUGAAAGCGAGGUCAAAAGGGAAGUUGUUGGGGGGUGAAUGGUUCUUACCUGCUAUACCUUGACUCUACUGUGGUAAAGUUAAGGUACAGCAGCAGCGUUUUGAUGAGCUGGAGACAAGUGAGUGAAUAAUAUCUGUGUUUGUUAAAAUCCACAAAAUUUGACCUGAGCUUUGGUGAAGGAAACGAGACUGAACCACCGUGGUCACUUUUAAAGAAUCGUAGAGAAAAGGUUGCUCCUGAUGGUCAGACCUGCACCUUGCAUGGUCUCACUGCCGUGUGUGUGUGUGUGUGUGUGUGUGUGUGUGUGUGUGUGUGUGUGUGUGUGUGUGUGUGUGUGUGUGUGUGUUCGAAUGACAGCAGCAAAUAUUAACGCUCUAUAUAAAUGCAUCCAUUUACCAGAUAUUCUCACACUGCUUGUCGCUCUUCGCUGAGCUGGACGUGGGCAUUGACAAAAACAGGCUCCUCCAAAAUAAAACCUGCUGUUCUGCUGUAAACGAAUGUGAACAUUUUGUAGCUAAAGUGAAAAACAAUGUGACUCAUCUUUUACUUUGAUAUCUGUGUUAUUGACAUUAUUUGGGACCAGCACGUGUUGCUUCUUUUUAUUUCCUCAGGUGCUAAGCCAGGGUCUGUCAGGUACAGUUACACACUGAACUGUUUACUGUUGUUGACUGUUAGAAUUGAAUUGUUUCAUUGAACUGACAGUAAGUUUGUUUAUGUUGUUGACUGAUGCUGCAGUUGCAGGGUGUCGUGUGAUUUCAAGCAGAGCUUAAUCAUGUCUGUCCAAUAAAACAUGACAAAU